AUGCCGCCACGGCGCUAUGCUUGCGCUGAGAGGAUGCCCGAGAAAGCGUCGCAUGCUUUCACGGCCAAAAUGUGCGCAGGCAGCCGCUAUAUGGAAAGCCAGCGACCAGACGCAUUGUUUGUGGACCCUUUGGCAUCAAAGCUGGCUGGGCCACAGGGUUUGGCACAACCCAUGGGAGAUUGGAUCAUGGUGCCUCGUACGAGGUUUGGGGAUGAUUUUGUAGUGCAACAUUACAUGGGCGGUACUCGGCAACUGGUCAUGUUGGGUGCUGGCAUGGAUGCACGUGCAUAUCGCCUGCGAUUGCCAGACCUCAAAGUCUUUGAGGUGGAUCUUCCAAUUCUCCUUCAAGACAAGGAGCCACUCUUGGAAGGGGAGUCCCUCACCGUGCAGUCUCGGACGGUGGUGCCCACCGACUUUUCCUCAGGGGAGGACUGGAGCUGGAAGUUGCAAAACACAGACUUUGAUCCGACGCAGCCCACGGUGUGGCUGCUGGAAGGUCUCAUGAUGUACUUGACAGACACCGAAGCGGCCCAAACUUUGCGGCGCAUUGGGGGUUUGUCGGCACCACGUUCUUCUCUGUUCUUUGAUGCCAUCUCAGCAAGCUACGUGCAUCAGCGUAUUGUAGUGGGCGGUGCACCCUUUCUGGGUGGUUCUGACCACUAUGGUGCUUUGCUCCAGGAUUUGGCAUCUUUCAGCCGAACGCAGGUUUGGGACUUCAGCAGCUUGCGAAUAGAUCGCCGGAACCGCCGACUGUCGAAGGACUGGGCUCGAAGCUUGGAGCCAACGGAUCUCUAUGGUAGAAAUCUGGUGCUUUUCGUGGAGAGCCAGAAGAUCUGA